CAGGCCUGUGAAAGAUCGAUCCGUCGUGCCGUGGUGUGAAGAGAAGUGACGUGAAACGGUCCGAAGGAGGGUAUCGUACUGUUUCGCAAAGCUACAUCAUCUCCACACAUAGCCGUUUCCCCGCUUCAUCUACGGGUUCAUACCAAACCAGAGUAGCUCAUUCACUCAUUUUUUUGAACAAAAAGGGUGAAACAAAAAAUCAGUCGAUAAAAGGAAAAGUCAUCAUCAAUUUUAAAUAUAUAAACACACACAAUGGCCUCGACAUCGGCAGGACAGAACUCUGCAGCUAAACCUGACACUACCAACACUACCACCACCGCCUCGAACAACAAUCGUGAACGCGAACGUGAUUUGAAGCAGUUCACCGAACGAUUUGUCAAGACCGUUCAAUUUCCUGUUUCCGAACGCCUUACCGUUGAUCAGGUCUACGACCGGCGGACUGGAAAACCAAGGCAUGAAGUUCUUCGAGAUCAUUUUAUUAAGGAAGGAAGGAUAGAAGAAGAAGCCGCGAUUCGUGUGAUUCAAGAAUGCUCAAGCCUGUUCCGCAACGAAAAAACGAUGUUGGAAAUCGAGGCGCCGGUUACUGUAUGCGGAGACAUUCAUGGUCAAUUCUACGAUCUCAUGAAACUAUUCGAAGUUGGCGGAUCGCCCGCAACUACCAAGUAUCUAUUUUUGGGUGACUACGUGGAUCGAGGAUACUUCUCGAUUGAAUGUGUCCUGUAUCUGUGGGCACUCAAAAUCUGCUAUCCGACCACGUUGUUCUUGCUUCGAGGAAACCAUGAAUGCCGUCAUUUGACAGAGUACUUUACAUUCAAACAAGAAUGCAAGAUCAAGUACUCUGAACGGGUAUACGAUGUGUGCAUGGAGUCAUUUGAUGCUCUACCGUUGGCAGCUCUCAUGAACCAACAAUUCCUUUGUGUUCAUGGUGGAUUGUCCCCAGAAAUCCAUACUUUGGAGGAUAUCAGGAGGAUAGACAGAUUCAAGGAGCCCCCAGCAUUUGGUCCAAUGUGUGAUCUUCUCUGGUCAGACCCACUUGAAGAUUUCGGAAACGAAAGGAAUUCAGAACAAUUUAGUCACAAUUCGGUUAGAGGGUGCUCAUACUUUUACAGCUACGCUGCAUGCUGUGAUUUCCUGCAACACAACAAUCUGCUCUCCAUCAUUCGCGCACAUGAAGCUCAAGAUGCCGGAUACCGCAUGUAUCGCAAAUCUCAAGCCACAGGCUUCCCAUCGUUGAUCACCAUCUUCAGUGCUCCAAAUUAUUUGGAUGUCUACAACAACAAAGCUGCCAUCCUGAAGUACGAGAACAAUGUGAUGAAUAUUCGUCAAUUCAACUGCAGUCCUCAUCCAUAUUGGCUGCCGAACUUUAUGGAUGUGUUCACGUGGUCAUUGCCGUUUGUGGGAGAAAAAGUAACGGAGAUGCUGGUUCACAUUCUCAACAUUUGUUCUGACGACGAGCUGAUGGCUGAAUGCGAUGACACCUUUGAAGGUGGAGUGGGGUCUGCAAGAAAAGAGGUUAUUCGACACAAGAUUCGAGCAAUUGGAAAGAUGGCAAGAGCAUUCUCAGUUCUUCGACAUGAAAGCGAGUCAGUGCUGCAGUUGAAGGGCCUGAAUGCAGGUGGCAAGCUGCCACAAGGGGCUCUUUCGGAAGGACGGACAGGAUUGAAUGCGGCUUAUAGAAUUGAACAGUCAGUGGCAGCAGAAUCCGGAUGCGAUUCGGGACAUCUUAUUCAAUCAUUCGAAGAAGCUCGCCGUCUCGAUAAGAUUAAUGAAAGAAUGCCACCAACAAUGGCAACACCACCAGCACAAUCACCAAGUCAAUCACCAAUUCCGUCACGACAAACGACACCUCAACCACCACAAAAUGGUCCAUCAAAUAGCUAAUAGUCAUAGUUCAUAUGGCAUAUCAUCUUCAAAAGUCGUUAGAGUUUGGAAACUAACACGCUUGAAUACGUAAUCUUCUUCUUCUUUUAAUUAUUUUUUUUAUCUAAAAACUUUCAACCAGCUAGAUGCAAAUUUCCAUCUCCGAAAACUAUUUGCCAUAGUGCAUUUGCGCAUGACAAAUCCAUCAAAAUCCAUUCACAUCUUUCUUACCUUAGAUUUAUAGUCUUUUCUUGUUCAUACGUUUGGAAGUCUAUAAACCUCUGAAACUUUUAUCUUCUAUUCGUAUAAUUUCUCUUUAAUCCCCCGGUUUCUUAUUAUGUAAAUGUGUUUCAUUGCUUUUCAAGUUUAAUGGAACAUAUUUGCUUUUUCUCUUUUCUAAACACAACUCCGCAUCUUUUUUUUCUUUUUCUCCCUAUAAAUUAUCGAUUUGUGAUUGGAUCCGUUCUCAGUCUCGUUGCGUGUUUCUUAGUCGCCCCGCCCCUUUUUUUAAAAAAUGCCCCAAACUUCUAUGAUUUCUGUCUUUAUUUUCCCUCACAAGUGUGCCCUAGCCUUAUCAUCUACCGUAACCCAUAGAUGAUUUUUUCCAGUUGAGACCCAUUCUUUCUUUUUUUUGCCAUUUCAUUUCAUUCAAGCAAACAGUGUUAUUUUAUUCCACAUUUGUUCAUUUUAAAUGUUUUUUCCAAGUUUUCAUCCCAAAGUGUUUUCCUCCGAUCCAUCAUCUCGUUUUCUUCUUUUUUUAAGCUAAUCAACUUCAUCCGAAAUUAUAAAAGUAUAUACAUAAAUAUAAAUAUAUAUUGUCUUGUCUAUAAGAUUCUAAUUUAAAUUCAUGUUUUUUUGUUCUUUUUCUCCUUCUCUCUCCCUCUCUGUCUCAAAUCUUUUUUCUCGUUUUUUUUUUUGCUGAAAGAAUCAUUUAACGUAUGAUAUUCCCCUUUUCUUUGAUAAUCUUUUGGAGAUUUCUUUAUAUGGAAAAUGAAGCUCUGAAAAUAAUUCCUA